GUCAAAGUUCGCCGGCUACCAGAUAAACAACCAGUUAGCCUAGCGGCUAAUUAGCUCAACUAACAUUUCUGCCAUAAUGGACGUAAAUCAGGCGAAACAAGAACAUUUACUCGCUUUAAAGGUGAUGCGGUUAACAAAACCAACUCUCUUCACAAACUUACCCGUGACGUGUGAAGAUCGAGAUCUACCAGGCGAUUUGUUUGCUCAGCUUAUGAGAGAGGACCCCUCCACCAUCAAAGGAGCAGAGACUCUAAUGCUGGGAGAAAUGCUUACUUUACCACAGAACUUUGGGAAUAUUUUCCUCGGUGAGACCUUCUCCAGUUACAUUAGUGUACAUAAUGACAGCAACCAAGUGGUAAAAGACAUUCUAGUGAAGGCUGACCUGCAGACAAGCUCACAGAGGCUGAAUCUGUCCGCGUCCAACUCUGCAGUAGCAGAGCUGAAACCCGAGUGCUGUAUUGACGAUGUCAUCCACCAUGAAGUCAAAGAAAUUGGAACACAUAUCUUGGUGUGUGCCGUCAGCUACACCUCUCAGUUUGGAGAGAAGCUCUAUUUUCGGAAGUUCUUCAAAUUCCAGGUCUUAAAGCCGCUGGAUGUGAAGACAAAGUUCUACAAUGCAGAGAGUGACCUCAGUUCUGUGACAGAUGAAGUGUUUUUGGAGGCUCAGAUCCAGAAUAUCACCACCUCGCCAAUGUUCAUGGAGAAAGUAUCUCUAGAGCCAUCUAUGAUGUACAACGUAACCGAGCUCAACUCUGUGGCAUGCGGGGAUCAAGGAGAAUCCACCUUUGGCAAAAUGUCCUACCUGCAGCCGAUGGACACGCGGCAGUACCUGUACUGCCUCAAGCCAAAGCCAGAGUACGCGGAGAAGGCCGGCGUCAUCAAGGGGGUGACUGUGAUAGGGAAGCUUGAUAUUGUGUGGAAGACAAACCUUGGGGAGAGAGGGAGACUGCAGACCAGUCAGCUCCAGAGAAUGGCUCCAGGAUACGGAGACAUUAGGCUGUCUUUGGAAGUGAUCCCAGACACUGUAAACCUUGAAGAACCUUUUGGCAUCGUCUGUAAAAUCACCAACUGCAGUGAAAGAACCAUGGACCUGGUGAUGGAAAUGUGCAACACAAGGUCCAUCCACUGGUGUGGAAUCUCAGGACGACAGCUUGGCAAACUCAGUCCUGCUGCCUCCCUGUCGCUGCCGCUCACCGUCUUCUCCUCUGAGCAGGGUCUGCAGAGUAUUUCUGGACUGAGACUCACUGACACUUUUCUAAAGCGGACAUACGAAUAUGACGACAUUGCACAGGUGUGCGUGGUCUGCCCGUUUAUGAGCAAUGAAUGCUAGAACUUUUAUUCGCCUUUAUUUGCAUUUUAGAUAUGAAUGGACCAACUGUGGAAUUCUGCACUAAUACUUCACUUUUUU